AUGGGUGUCCAGCCCAAUCAGGGCACAUACGAUGACCCUCCGCCUGGCUCCAGCGACCGCAAGCGCAAGCGCAGACACACUGCUGCCCCCUUCCCCACCAACGUGUCUCCUGCUGCGCUUUUACGAGAUGAGGACGACGAUGAAGCUUCGGAUAGAGUUGUGAGAAAUGCCAAGAAGCCAAAGAAGCCAAAGAAAGCCAGCAUUGCUGCCCCUGCCGCUGAGAAGCGACUUCGAAGAUUUCGUCCCUCCGCCCCAUCAUCGUUCCACGCAGUCUACGAGCGCGCCACUUCCCAGAGAUUCUUCCUGCUCUCGAGAACUCGCUGCGGCACACCCGACUGCCCCGAAGAGCUGUUCGAGCUGACUGGAUCCACGGGCAAUGUCUACCGUGUCCAUAUUCAGAAACAGCCCACCUGCAGCUGCCCCCAUGCGAGCGCCGGGAACCAGUGUAAACACAUAGUCUGGGCCUUGAAGUCUGUCCUCCGGGCACCCUACGCCCUCGUCUUCCAGCUCGCUCUCCUCAGCACCGAACUCCGCGACAUUUUCGCGAAUGCGCCCGCGCCCGCCGACGAAUCUGGCGCCGGCCCAGACAAGGACAAAAACCGCAAACCUGUAGACGGUGACUGUCCCAUUUGUUUCGAGGAGAUGCAAAGUGGAGAUGGAAAGGAGCCACUGGUCUGGUGCAGGGCCGCAUGUGGCCAGAACAUCCAUCGACAGUGCUUCGAGAUGUGGGCGGCCACUAAGAAAACGGGUAACGGUACUGGUACAAGUGGGGUACCUUGCCCAUACUGCCGGUCCGCUUGGGAAACCGAUAACGACAUGAAACUCAAGAACAUCAUCACGUCCGGAGCACCCAAUGCUGAUGGCUACGUCAACGUUGCCGACCAACUCGGCAUCAGCACCGAGAGAGACUGCAGUACAUACUCGACAUGGUGGACGGGACACUCAGGCUAUCGUGGCCGUCGGUGA